CCUGGAUCUUGCUGGCCAUAGCCAUAGCCAUAGCUGGUGGAGCUCACAAAAGCCCAUUAAUAUCCAUUUGGGUUCUCAUUUCUGGUAUUGCCUUCGUUUCCUUCAUGCUAAUCAUCGUCCGACCAGCAAUGAGCUGGGUGGCUCAGCGGGCCGCCCCUGGCCACGAUAUCAUGGACGAAGCUUAUAUAUGUUUGACACUCGCCGGAGUUAUGUUAUCAGGAUUCAUGACUGACCUGAUCGGAAUACAUGCUAUAUUUGGUGCUUUUGUUUUUGGAUUAACGAUCCCCAAAGGAGGAGAAUUUGCUAGAAGAUUGAUCAAAAGGAUUGAAGACUUUGUUUCCGGCCUAUUGUUGCCACUUUACUUCGCUUCAAGUGGGUUGAAGACAGAUGUUGCUAAAAUACACGGGAUCGAGGCUUGGGGGCUGCUGGCGCUGGUGAUAUCGGCGGCAUGUGCCGGGAAGAUUUUGGGGACAUUUGUGGUGGCGAUGAUGUGUAUGAUUCCGGUGAGAGAGUCCUUGACGCUUGGUGUGUUGAUGAAUACUAAAGGGCUGGUGGAACUCAUUGUUCUCAACAUUGGCAAAGAGAAAAAGGUUCUUAACGAUGAGAUGUUUGCCAUUUUGGUCAUCAUGGCGCUCUUUACCACCUUCAUGACUACUCCAAUGGUAAUGGCCAUUUACAGACCGGCCCGCAAUGGCUCUUCUGCCGUCCAUCGACAGUUACAAAAAGACUUAUCACAUUCCAAAAGGCCACAGAACAAGCUUCGAGUCCUUGCAUGUGUCCGCGGAUUCGGAAACUCAACCUCACUUAUCAACCUCAUUGAGACAACUCGGUCCACAAAGAAGUUCCCAAUGAAGCUCUACGUCAUGCAUCUUGUUGAGCUCACCGAUCGAUCCUCAUCCAUCGUGAUGGUGCACCGAUCUCGAAAGAAUGGUCUUCCAUUCGUUAACCGAUUCCAUCAGGGUGACUCACACGACCAAGUGGCAGCUGCAUUUGACACAUACAGUCAACUCGGCCGAGUCACGGUACAGCCAACGACGGCAAUCUCUGCACUGUCUACAAUGCAUGAGGACAUUUGUCAUGUGGCAAAAGAGAAGACAGUGGCAAUGAUCAUCUUGCCAUUCCACAAACAGUGGAGACGAGAGGGUGAAGAGGAGGCAGAGAUCAAUGUAGGCUAUGGAUGGAGAGGGGUCAAUGAGAGGGUGUUAAAGAAUGCACCAUGCUCGGUGGCAGUGCUCGUGGACCGUGGAUUUGGUGCUGAGUUCCAACAGAUUUCAGGAGUUAAUGCAAACCUUACAAAGAGGGUGUGCCUUGUCUUCCUCGGUGGCCCUGAUGAUCGGGAGGCUUUGGAAUUAGGUGGCAGAAUGGCGGAGCAUCCGACAGUGAGGGUGACCAUACUAAGGUUUGUUGAGAAAACAGGACUGGAAGAUGUCAUUUUCAGGGCUUGGCCAUCCUCAUCAAAUGACUCUGCUGAGGAGAGAUAUAGCUUCCCUACCACACCUAAGAACAAUGAGACGGAUAAGGAGGUGGACGAGGCUGCAUUGGUGGAAUUCCGAAGAAGGUGGGCUGAGAAGACAGAAUAUGCAGAGAAAGUGGUCAGAAACAUCACAGAGGAGGUUCUACAACUAGGGCAGAGCAGGGAAUAUGAGCUCCUAAUUGUUGGGAAUGGCCGGUUCCCAACAACAAUUGCAGCAAAACUGCGAGACCACCUAGCUGAGCAUGCUGAGUUGGGACCCCUGGGAGAUCUGUUAGCCUCAUCCGGCCAAGGGGUAGUGUGUUCAGUACUUGUGAUCCAACAACACGAUCCAGUUCCAUCAGCGGACAAAGCUCCAGGACCAAAGAUAGUACGAUGCAAGGAUGAUGCAGUCACAGCAAAUGAAUCCUCUGUGUGAUGCAUUUGGUAUGUUGGGGCCAAUAGAUCCAUAGAUUCAGGUCCUGCCUGAAAUACCUCAGUCUCCACGUGUGAUACAAAUAAGAUUAAGUAGAAGUGCACUUAUGUAGCCAGGAUGUAAUAUAUG